CCUAAAGCGCGGGAGAUUGCUUCCUCCUUCGCGGUGACGUCACGCGGGUCCAGCGCCUGGUUCCUUCCAUCUGAGCGAAGGAGACUUGAACUGAGAGAAAAGCCUCAAAUAUCUGGAAAAGCAUGGAGAAGAUUCAGCCCCCGGCUUCACUGAACGGCAACACAACCAGGAAAAGACAGAAUUACCUGGAAUGGCCAGAGUACUUCAUGGCUGUAGCUUUUCUAUCGGCACAAAGGAGCAAAGACCCGAGCUCACAGGUGGGGGCGUGCAUCGUGAGCCCAGAGAAUAAGAUCGUGGGCAUCGGUUAUAACGGGAUGCCCAACGGCUGCAAUGACGACCAGCUGCCUUGGUCUCGCUCUGCUGUCAACCGGCUGGACACCAAAUACCCGUAUGUGUGUCAUGCUGAGCUCAACGCCAUCAUGAACAAGAACAGUGCUGACGUGAAAGGCUGCACCAUGUACGUGGCUCUGUUCCCCUGCAACGAGUGCGCCAAGCUCAUCAUCCAGGCAGGACUGAAGGAAGUGGUGUAUCUGUCUGACAAAUACCACGACACCCCAGAGAUGACGGCAUCCAGGAAGCUGCUGAGAAUGGCGCGGGUACAGUUCAGGCAGUUCAAGCCCAAGAGGAUGGAGAUUGUCAUUGAUUUUAAUUCCAUUAACCAUCCUGGGAGAAGCCUCGUGCCACCUGGUCCUCCUGGUCCAGAGGACGACUCCACUACUCCAGGGCUGGGAUGGUUUUAUGUCUUCAGUCCUGGUUUUAUAACGGAAUCCAUUCAGAAAGUCCUGACUACCGUAUGUGAGAGUUCACACUUUUCAUUUCUUUAUAAUUUUUUUUUCCGUUAAUUCUCUGGAGCAAAUAAACCUGAGACAACGUGA